AUAUGACCCUGCUAACCCCUUCCAGAAUAAUUUCUAUUGCUGGCCUUAAAUGGGUCAUACGUGAUAACCAGUAGAGACCUAAUGAAGAUUCUAUUUUUCUGAAAGCAGAGAACUGACCCACCAGUGCAUUGGAAUACCUUAUCUGACCUCAUGUCCCAGAGUGUACCACUUUUCUUCUAACCUUCCUAGAGUAGGUAAAUCUAUCCAACUCCUAGUUUCUCUCCAAACCCUUCAACAAUGAUCUUUAAAGUAAAUUAUCUUUUCCUGCUUUAAUCUCUAAAAUAAGUGAGGGUUUCCCAUUUGGUAAUUGUAAUGAUGAUACGACAAAUUUGGAAGAAUAUUUUGCAUGAAAUGAAUACUAAGAUGAAAAGAUAAUUUCAAAUGUUCUUUACUUGAUCUAAUGUCUUAAGUUUGAACUUCAAUCAGGUCAAGAGGUUAAUCUCGAUGAAAGUAAUCACAGUGUAUAUUCCCUCAAUACGAAAUUGAAGCAUUUCUCAGAUUGGCUCCUGGAUAUUAUAGCCACUGGAGAUUUGGAUGCUUUCUUUCCUGCAGCAACACGUGAAUAUGCUCCACUAGUUGAAGAAGUGUGGAGAGAUCCUGCUAUACAAGCUACGUAUAGGAGAAAAGAUGAGCUGCACUUCCUACCAGAUGUGGCAGAAUACUUCCUGAGCAGGGCAGUUGAGAUAUCAAGCAAUGAUUAUGAACCUUCAGAACGUGACAUAUUAUACGCCGAAGGGGUCACUCAAGGGAACGGUUUGGCUUUUAUGGAGUUCUGCCUGGAUGAUCGUAGUCCAAUGUCUGAAACCUAUACAGACAAUUUAGAACCUGCUUCCCCACCUAUGACAAGGUAUCAACUUAUUCGAGUAAAUGGCAAGAGGAUGAAUAAAGCUUGCAAGUGGGUUGAGAUGUUUGAAGAUGUUCGUGUAGUAGUCUUCUGUGUCGCCUUGAGUGAUUAUGAUCAAUCAUGGCUUUCUGUAGAGAACAAUGGUGGUGGUGUGCUGCUUCAAAACAAGAUGAUCCAAAGUAAAGAGCUAUUCGAAACAAUGAUCAGACACCCGUGUUUCAAAGAUACUCCUUUCGUGUUGAUUCUGAACAAGUACGAUCUCUUUGAAGCGAAGAUCAACCGUGUUCCUUUGGGCACUUGUGAAUGGUUCACCGAUUUUAGUCCUGUUCGACCCCACAACAACCACCAAUCCCUUGCACAUCAAUCUUACUACUAUGUAGCUAUGAAGUUCAAGGACCUCUAUACAUCCCUUACGGGUAGAAAGCUCUUUGUUUGGCAAACAAAGGCAAGAGAUCGAGCCACUGUUGAUGAAGCAUUCAAGUACACAAGGGAAGUUAUCAAGUGGGACGAAGAGAAAGACGAGAACUAUUGUGCCGGCCAAGGGGACUUUGAUAUUAUUUAUUGGUGGCAAUUGCAUGCUAAUAAACCUAAUAUAAUGAUUUUGAGUCGGAUGCUUAUCAUUGCUAUCUCAUACUUUCAGCUUCAUACUCAUGAUCCAUGCACUGAAAUCAAAUUGAAGUUCAAAGUCCGGAAUAUAAAUAUACCUACGACAAAAAUACGCAAAGAUGAAGACUUGAAUUGGUACAUUUCAAUUCAAAAGGAAACUGCCCUUGGUGUCAGGUUUCACAAAACUGAGCUUCCAAUUGGUUCGCCCACAGUAAGGGAUACACAUUUUGAAAAUCUUCCAUUUGUCGUUGAGGAUGGUUUUCGAACCCCGUACUAA